UGAGAUUUUUGUUCUGGUUUAUGUCAUUCAUUGCUAAUCUUGGUGGAGGCAAUAAGCUAGUUUUCUGAAAAUGGUGGGGGACACAGCACAGACUCAACCACUUAAGCCAGCCCAAGAUAAUGAAAUGGUAGUAUUAAGCUAGUGCCGCCUAAUUUCUGUAUGACACGUUUCACUUCCUUUUGCUUUUUUUAUUGGAGAAAGUUUUCUGCUACAGCAUACACUGAACUAUUUUUCCCAUUUUAGUACAAAUGCAAUAAUGGAUACUUGUCUCUGUUUUGUCAAUUAAAUCUGCCAAAACAGGUAGGGAUUAAGAAUCUUUUUCUAUGUGAGACCUCAGAUUCCUUUCUGUCCAUAUUCACCUCCUUCGGCUAUUUCUUUCUUUAUAGUUGACAAUCUGAAUUGUCCUCUUACAGUUCUCUGCCUUCUGUUCUGUCUUUAAUGGCGACAAUUUUCAAGUUAUUUUCGCCACCUCCUGUACCUAAAAUCUCUCAGAUAAAUCAUUUUAAUAACCCUGUUUUUUCUUCUUCUAAACCCAGUUUCACAUCUUCAAGAAAAUUCAACCAUAGAAUCAAAAGCAGCAACUUUGAAAGCUUUCUUGAUUUGCGACCCGAAUCAAAACCUGAGUUUUUAGAUUUUGAUCUCUCAUGGUUUAAUCCGUCUGAUAAAUCCCGCUUUGAUGUGAUCAUUAUAGGUACUGGACCAGCCGGCCUACGCCUGGCUGAGCGAGUUUCUGGCUAUGGAAUUAAGGUAUGUUGUGUCGAUCCUUCACCGCUUUCUAUGUGGCCUAAUAAUUAUGGUGUUUGGGUUGAUGAGUUUGAGAGCUUAGGAUUUGACGAUUGUUUGGACAAGACAUGGCCUAUGACUUGUGUCUUUAUUGAUGAUCAUAACGUUAAGUAUUUAGACCGUCCAUAUGGUCGUGUUAGUAGGAAGACAUUGAAGACUAAGCUGAUGGAGAACUGUGUCUCUAAUGGUGUUAAAUUUCACAAGGCUAAAGUUUGGAAAGUGAAUCAUGAAGAAUUCGAGUCCUCCAUCGGCUGUGACGAUGGUAGCGAGAUUAAAGCAAGUUUAAUCGUUGAUGCAGGUGGUUUUGCGAGUAAUUUUAUUGAGUAUGAUAAACGACGAAACCAUGGCUAUCAGCUAGCUCAUGGGAUUCUAGCUGAAGUGGAUCAGCACCCGUUCGACCUCGACAAGAUGGUUCUCAUGGACUGGAGAGACACCCAUAUGGGAAACGAGCCUUAUUUGCGAGGUAACAAUGCAAAGUUUCCAACUUUUUUGUAUGCAAUGCCAUUUGAUUCAAAUUUGAUAUUCUUAGAGGAGACUUCAUUGGUUAGUAGGCCUGUGUUAUCUUACAUGGAGGUUAAGAAAAGAAUGGUAGCAAGAUUAAGACAUCUAGGAAUAAGAGUUAAGAGAAUUAUAGAAGAAGAGAAAUGCUUAAUUCCUAUGGGCGGACCUCUUCCUCGAAUCCCUCAAAAUGUGAUGGCGAUUGGUGGUAAUUCCGGGGUAGUCCACCCAUCAACAGGGUACAUGGUGGCUCGGACAAUGGCAUUAGCCCCGGUUGUUGGUGAUGCAAUCGCUGAAUGUCUCGGCUCGACGAGGAUGAUACGAGGCAGAGCAUUAUAUGAUAGAGCAUGGAAGGGACUGUGGCCAUUAGAGGAGAAGUGUAGGAGAGAAUUCUAUUGUUUUGGGAUGGAAACUUUGUUGAAACUUGAUUUGCAAGGGAGUAGGAAUUUCUUUGAUGCUUUUUUUGAUCUGGAUCCUUAUUAUUGGCAAGGAUUUCUUUCGUCGAGAUUGUCUUUAAAGGAACUCGGGUGGUUGAGCUUAUCUUUGUUUGGGAAUGCUUCGAAUUCGUCGAGGUUUGAUAUUGUUACAAAAUGUCCUCUGCCUUUAGCAAGGAUGAUGGGCAAUUUAGCUGUGGAAACUAUCUAAUGGAAACAAUAUGUAUUGUGUUGCAGUGUUUGGUAAAAUAAAAAAAAAACAAUAUUGAUUUAUAUUCAUAAAUGUAGACCAAGAAAUCGUUAUGCAUUUCUUUCAUUAA